AUGUGGGGUUCAAGUCUUCUCAUUGUAAACUUUUAUCUUUGGUUGACCUGGUCAUGCUUGAAAAUUUCGUUUGAAAAAAAUACGCCAAAAUCACACUCAAGUGAAACAAUAACAACAUGGGCUACGAAAAUAUCUGGUUCUCUCACCCAAAGAACAACGCCAAGGGUGCUAGAAGAUGCAAGGUUUGCGGUAACAGAAAGGGUUUGA